AUGGCUGUCACGGAGUAUGGCCAAAGGCCUAAUUCAUAUGCCUUGGCUGCGCUAGAAGAUAGGUUCGAAGUGAUCAAGGAGAUUGGAGAUGGAAGUUUUGGUAGCGUUGCUUUGGCAAGAGUAAGAGCGAGCGGUGCCAGUGUGGCUCGCCGGAAUUCGAUGGUUGCUAUCAAAACCAUGAAGAAGACCUUCGACUCCUUCGCACCAUGUCUAGAACUCCGCGAGGUCAUAUUUUUACGGACGCUGCCGUCCCAUGCUCACUUGGUGCCCGCGUUGGACAUCUUCUUGGAUCCUUUCAGCAAGAAGCUCCAUAUCUGCAUGGAGUACAUGGACGGCAACCUAUAUCAGUUGAUGAAAUCCCGGGAACACAAAUGCAUGGACGCCAAAAGCGUCAAGAGUAUUCUAUACCAGAUUCUUUCGGGUCUUGACCACAUCCACGCUCACAAUUUCUUUCACCGAGACAUCAAACCAGAGAAUAUCCUUGUCUCCACUUCAGCACCUCACGAUUCACAGUCAGCUUUCAGCAGAUAUUCAUCUUUGGUCACUCCGCCUGCUACACCGCCAACUUAUUCCAUCAAAAUUGCCGAUUUUGGCUUGGCUCGAGAGACCCACUCCAAGUUGCCCUACACUACAUACGUCUCAACUCGAUGGUAUCGAGCGCCGGAAGUGUUACUGCGAGCUGGCGAGUACUCAGCUCCCGUGGAUAUCUGGGCCAUCGGGGCGAUGGCGGUUGAAGUGGCUACGCUCAAGCCCUUAUUUCCAGGAGGCAACGAGGUAGACCAGGUUUGGCGGAUUUGUGAAGUCAUGGGUAGCCCAGGGAACUGGUAUACCAAGACCGGUACCCGGGUCGGGGGCGGUGAAUGGAGAGAGGGAACGAAAUUGGCCCAGAAGCUGUGCUUCUCUUUCCCAAAGAUGGCACCCCAUGCUAUGGAAACCAUCCUACAGCCUCCUCAAUGGCCAUUGGCGUUUAGCAACUUCGUGACCUGGUGUCUGAUGUGGGAUCCAAAAAAUCGCCCAACAUCCAAGCAAGCCAUGGAGCACGAGUUCUUUGUUGACGCCGUUGAUCCUCUUCGACCCAAGUCCUCGUCACGCCUGUUGGGCCGGAAACACUCGGACUUGAGUUUCAGGUCAAAGGACGCGGCCGAAACACCGACUGUCACAUCAAAAUCUUCCUGGUUCCGAAGGUCGCUUAUUGCUCGAGAGAGCGCACCCGUCGUGCCCCAGCACAACUCAGAACCCAAGGUUGCACAGCAAGAAUCUGAGGGUUUGGUCAGCAGACUUCGACCUCAAGCGAGUAAACGUGCGACGUGGACCAAUGGGACGAGUUCGACUGGUGCUGCACCAAUGCCCAUCCUGCCCUCAAUCCGUCCUAUCUCUCCUCUACCUAACGCUGUUACGGCCCAAGCAAGUACCGCAUUUACAUCGCAGCCAGAGUCGAAGCCCAACUCUAAACCAGUCGAGGAGAAGUCGAAGAAAAUCGGUCGGCAGCUAUCAGUCAAUUCAAACGGCAAUCAUUAUGCCGAAAUCCAUCGUCAGGAAGCCGAACGAGCUUUGAAUGCAAACAGUGGACUCGUGUCCCCACCGAGUGGACAUAAAGAGAGCUUCUUCUCACACCUGCGGAAACGUGCAAGACGAUUUUCUGGCAGACACGGAUUGGCUUCCCCUAACGGCGAUGAUGUCGAGGCCAAUGCCGCCAAUGUGCCGUGGUCGAACAGAUCUUCGCUCAUGGUCGACAGCGUCAUCCCCGAAGGGAAUAAUGACUUCUCAGAUCUUGACAAAAUACUACAGAAUGUCCGUUACAGCCUUGAUCGUGCCGAACCAGACUCUGUACAGAGAAAAUCAUCCACCGAGGUCAUAUCCAAUUCUGGAACAUUGAAACGGACACACUCAGUCCCAAGAUCACAGGGCAGCAGAUCAAGCGAGAAUCUCACACAGACUCCUGCUCCCACAAACAAUCGGACACGUCGGCCUAUACAAAUCAACCAGUACGAGACUCCUGAAGAAGCUGACGAGUUGUUGGAUGAAGCUCUUCGGUCCGCGCAUCGGGCGGUGCGGCGCCUCGACCAAACCAACUAUCCGAAAGACCAAUCGCAGCGAACUGCGCUGGCACAGAAGGAUUAUAACCGACAGUCCUUACCGCAGUUACCGAGCAACCCAGCGCUGCACGGCGCCUACCUUACGCCUUCCCCGUCCGCCAAGAGGAAUGGAGUUCAGUUUAGUUCCGAUGCUGGACCUCAAGCUGAGCCAUUAAAUAUCACCAAGAAACGAACCGAGUAUGAACAUGCGCCUUCUCACUGGCCUACGCCGCCAUAUGAGGAGAAUGAAUGGGCAUCUGCGGCUGCCAACAGCAUUUUCGCAGCCGGACAGAUGUUCCGAUAA